AUGAUCUCCCAUCUGGAUACCGAAAUCGGAACAGCCUUGGCAACGGCCACGAACCUCAAGAGGGUUGCAGAAUUUGCCCUCUCUAUCGGCCAGGCAAAGGAAGAUACCAUCAACCAAUACCAAGUGUUCCACCGUCUUCGAAGUCGUCUAUCCUCCAGUUACCGUACCCACAAAGAGUACAAGGAGACAGUCUCCAGCAAGGGAUUGGAGGACCAGGAUCCAAAGACCCGGAACAACUACACUUUGCUGGAAAAAGUCUUGUCGGAGUGGGACGAGGAACUGAAGAAGCUUGAAAGAUACACACAGAGCGGUGGACAGGAAGAAGAAAUUCUCGCGACUGAGUUAGAGCUCCUUGUAGUGCUACUAUACAAGACGAGAAAUCAGCCUUUGAGAACGCUAGGUUGGAAUGAUCCUAGGACCCAUUGA